UCCAAAACUGGAUUUGCCGGUGUGAUUUCACUUCCUCUGUUUUCCUUCAUCUUCCGCUGGAUGAAAACUAUCUCCGAUUUGUAAUCUCAGCCUCACUUCAGGUUUCGCUCCCAUACUGAGAGGUGAUGCAUCGGGAAUACCUAUAUGAAACGUGCCUGAACAGCAUUCCUGUGCUUUAAGUGCAACCGCGUUGGUUGCAUCUUGUACGAUUCCCUGCCCUGGCACUGCCUUAUCUAUAUUUGUUUGUCCUAAGUGAAGUGGUGUAUUAGUUGUUUUCAUCGGCUAUUAAUCCAGGCCUUAAACUGGUUUUCAAUAACUAAACAAUUUGAGUAAUUAGCUCAUAACAAACAUGGUAGUGUGUUUAAGAAUUUUUCUUGGACUGGGAGAUAAGUCUCCAAAUGCACAAAAGAAAGUUUUCUGAGCUUGAGUUAUCUCGAUGUUGAUAGCAAGAAAGCUAUGACAUUAAAAAUACAUAUCUGUUUACGUUCGCUCUUUAUAAUCCAGAUUGGGAUGACGUAGAACCACUUAAUACAUUAUCGUAUGGGGAUAUGGUGUUCAACACCAAUGCGCCGAAGAAAAUCAAUGAGGAUGCGAAAAAUUCUCGUUUCGCUUGUUGAAUAUGCCGAGGCCCGGCUUGUGGCGAGGCGGCAGGCUAGAGCCGAAGCUAGGGAAAUACGAAUGCGGGAAAUUGAAAAGCAACAAAAGGAGGCAGAAAAAAAUCACACUGAUCAGUAUGAAGAUCACAUUGAUGAACCUGCAAGACCUCCAAGAGGGAUCAGAAGUGACAAUCGAGAUAGAGCUUCGUCCUAUGCAUCUGUUGGUUCCGAUUCACGUCGAAAUAGUGAAGAGUUUCCUGAAACGAUUGGAAGUAAAGAAUACAAGCUUCUUACAAAUCAAGUGAUGGAACUGGAAGAAAAAUUCAAAAAGGCUAUGGUAACAGCUGCUCAGUUGGAUAAUGAGAAAACUACAUUGUCUUAUCAAGUAGAUACUCUUAAAGAUGAACUUGAAGAAUUAGAAGAAUCUAAUCUUUUAGUUCAGAAAGAUUAUAAAACUGUAUCUAGAAACUACGAAUUAUUAAACAAUGAUUUCAAGGAUCUCAAGAAGCAAUCGGAACUUUUAAAGGAAUGUAUUCGAAUGAGAGAUGAACUAAUAACUGAACAUGGCUUAGUUUUGGUUGGUGGUGAAGAAGAGGAAGUUAAAGAUGAUGAUGAAGAUGAAUUAUCUUCUGAUAAUAAAAAGAAAUCAGAAUCUGAAAGGGAAAAGCGAAUUGCUAAAAUGGCUUUAGUUUCUCAAGCAGCAGCAGAUAUUUUAAAUAAAGCAGGAUCUGGAACUUUAGAUGUUCGGUUAAAGAAACUUGCCGAAGAAAAACAAGAACUUCUAGAUGAGAUUUAUAGACUGAGAUUAGAUUUAGAAGAAGAAAGACAAAAAGCUUACAAACUAGACCAGUUAUCACUGCGAAGCACUGGAGUAAAUGGUCCUGAAAUGAAACUCAUGGAAGUACAAAGAGAAGCCAAUAAGCAAGUUAAUGAUUACAAGUACAGAUUAAAGAAAGCCGAACAAGAAAUUACUACAUUACAAAGUAGUGUAUCAAGGCUUGAAGGUCAAUUAAAUAGGUUUAAAAAUCAAGCUGAAGCUGCAGAGACCACCGAAGAUGAACUGAAAGCUGAAAAAAGAAAACUCCAGAGAGAGCUGAGAGAAGCCCAAGCCAGAAUAGAAGAACUAGAAACUGCCAAUUCACAUUUACAGAAGAGAAUUGAUAAGUUAAAAACUGGAAAAAAUGCCCUUAUUAAAACUUAGUGAUAUCAGAAGAAUACUGAGAAAUUAGUGCCAAUGGAAUUUAACUAUGAUCUGUAUUUCAGAGAUAACUUUGUGACGUGCUUCCAUGUAUUAUAUUAUAGUACAGUGUACUAUAAUUUUGAAAGGUGUGAUAACCUACCUAUCUUUGUUUUUAAAACAAUCAUUAUUAGUGCCUUACAGUUACUGUAAGCUAUAUUUUAACAUACAUUAGAAAUGAUGUACUAGUUUUGUACAAAACUAAAAGUGGUGCUUUUAUAAUAUUGUAGUGAGAAAUUAGCAUAAAUAGUCUUUUACAAUCAUAAGACACUCAAUUUUUUAAACAUCUAAUAUUUUGUUGCAUGUAAAAAUUGUUGCUAAACAUUGAAACUCUUAACAACUACUUCAUUUUGAAGUCUCGAGGAAAUUUUAUGAAAAUGUUAUUACUAUAUUUCUAAAAGUAGUUUUGCAAUGUUGUUCCCAUUAAAAAUUAGUUUCAAAAGUUUAAUGCAAUUCUAACCAUAUGUUAGGAAUCGAUAGAUUGAAGAUGUUUAUCGAUAUGUUAUUUUUUUAGAAUUUUUCUAGAAAACAAAUUAAUAUUUCUCUAUAUACUAUAGAUUUAACACUGAUGUUGGAGUUAUUACAGAUUAUUAAAUAUCAAGAGCUUCUACUUAAAUAUGCACAAAUGUUUAUAUUUAAAAGUCAGGGGAUUUAUUGUAAGAAUUAUUUUGUAACAAAUGCAUAUUGUAUCUGUUUUUAGAACAUAAUUUUCUCAAAUGAUUAUUACAAUUUAAUUAGUUGUACUUUCCACUAUUCAUUUUUUAAUUUUUUUUUUCUUUUUGAAAAUAUAAAAUUGUGAAUAUUAAAUAGCCUAGGAUUUCAAAAUAUUUUAUCUUAAAAAUAAUUCAUUUACAAAUGUGAUUUUUAUUUUCUUCUCCCUUUCUUUACUUUUUAAGUUCCUGAGAUGAUGGGACGCACGCUUGUUUGUCAAUAAAACAUUGUUGAAUUUUUGAUUAAACAAGUAUGAUUGGAGAUCUGAUUUGUGUUUAGUUUCUUAAAUAUACCUAUAUUAAUUGAAAAUUAGAUUACUUUUAUACUAAUUUUACUUAUUGCAAUUUGAUUCAAAAGCUUCAUAAAAUAUUAAUGUUUUUUUCUUGUCUUAAUAGAAAAAAUUAAAAUGUUUAUAAAAUAAUAGUUAAUUCAUUUUUUUUUCAGAAUGAAUUCUAGAAAUUUUUUCAUUGUUCUCUUUUAUUUUGAACAUCUUUUAUGUAUUUAUAUUAUAUCAAACAAAAUAAUUAAAAAAUCAAUGCAUUAUUAUUUAUUGCAUGCUGAUGCAAGAGGUUGGGUAAUGUGUUGGACCUUUUUGUAUUCUAGUCAAACUCCAGAUAUUUUGAAAGUUGUGGUUAGGCUUAAUGAAUUAUUAAAAUAUGUAUGUGUGUUUAUUUAGGUUAGUACUGCAUGUGUAUUAUGAAAAAAUUUUAGGUGAUAUUCUUUUGUAGAAAAAUGUAUUAUGCUCAUAGGAAAAUUGUAUUCAGAAUUUUAAUAAAGUACUAUAUUAGUUCAUGCAUAUAAAUUUGAAGUCGGUUUAUUAUCAAAUGAUUUUAUAAAUGUUGAUAAAACGUGAACAGUGUGCAUUAUUAUUCUUAUGCAGUGGAAAUAUUGCAUAUGAAAACAUUAUAUACUGUUACAGAAAUGGAUAUUAACUGUCUCAUUGUUAAAAUUUUUUGAAUUUUAUAUGCAUUGCUUUUGAUAAACUCUUACAGCUCUCUAUUUACUUACAGCAAGCUCUGUUUUGAAUUGGAUAGCCUUUUAUAUAAUUCUAGUCAAAGGUAUGGUGUUAAAGAUUGUUUGGAAAUUAUCUAAUGCAUAUUUUAUAUAAAAUAUCCCAAAAAAAGUUUUUGUUAAAAGUUGCUUUUUCUAUGAUAAAAAUUCAGUAUCUUGCUGUGUUCCUUUUAGUGAAAAAAAAUUCAUCAUUUAAUUUUGAUUGUUAGAAAUAACAGUGUAUUGAUGCUAAAGCUAUACAGAAAUAAUGGUUUAUUCUGAGAAAACCAAAUAUGGUUAGUUAUAAAUUUCAGCUGUAUUGAAAAAAAAAAAAAAAAAAAAAAAAAAAAAGCUUAUCAGGCUUCACUACUAGUGACUGCAAAUAUAAUUCAUCUCUGACUAAUCAUUAAACGACUUUUGAGGCCAUUUUAAAUCAUUUGCUGGACAGAUACACUUGAAUCAUCCUUUUUGCCAAUAUAGUAUCAUUUUAAUAAAACUGAGGGGAAAAAAUGAUUUAGAAGUAUUAAGUCCUGUUUUUACUAUGAGUGGCAAAUCUUGAUUUGCUCAAAGUUCAUAAUAGUGAUCGACUUUUGAGUUCCUCGAUUAUGGCAAACUUCAGAUCAUUAUGGCAAACUUCAGAUCAUGUUUGUCAAACCACAUUUCAUGGGAACAAGGCCUAGGAUCUAGAGAUAUUGUAAACCAGAUAGUAAGCUCUCUUUUUGCCAUUCUAACAUUCAAAAAAAGUUUUAUUUAAAAGUUUGAGUUGAUGUUGAACAUUAAAUUUUGUAGGAUUUGAACAAAAAGCUUAUAUUAAAAAAAAAAGAAGAAGAAGAACUUGAAAAAAUCUGUAUUGAGAAUGCAGCACUUUAGUAGCUAAUUAUAUGGUUCUCUAAAUAUAAACCAUUUCGAUACUUAUGUGAAUGUACCCAUGUUAUGAAAAUAGGAAAUGUCGCCAUAACAUUAUAAUUAAUGAAUAAUGGUUAAAAUUUUGUGUCCUAUUACCUGAAGAAAAUGUAAUUAAAACCAUUCUUUUUUAUGUAUAUCAAAAAUAGCAAAAAGGAGCAUGUUGUGCUUUUAUAUGUAUAGAUGUAUAAUGUUAUUGUUUGAAGCGAGUUAUGUUUUUAAUAUUAACAGCUUUUAUACUCAGUACUAUUGGAAUGUUUAUUAACUACUAAAAAUAUUACGCUUUGAUAUGUUUUUUUAUUAUUUAAUAUUUAUUACUUGUACAGGUGACAUUAGUCUACUGUUUCAGUUGGUUAUUUCAAAACAAGAAUAAAUUUAUUUGCUUUA